AUGAUGUGUUGGUACGCUCGAGACAGCCCUCUGGAAAGAAUUGACGAUGCUGAUGGUCGGCUACAGAUCCAAGUCAAGGCCUGUGGUGUGUGCGGCACAGAUCUGCACAUCCAUGAAGGAGAAUUCCUGGCCAAGUUCCCUUUAGUUCCUGGCCACGAAACAGUUGGUGUCGUCGCUGCUGUUGGGCCCAAGGUGAAGGGCUUCAACAUCGGCGACCGUGUAGUCGCCGACAACUCCGAACUCUGCGGGGAAUGCUUCUACUGCCGUCGAGGAGAGGAGCUGCUCUGUGAGGACUUCCAGGCCCACGGGGUCACCAUGGAUGGUGGCUUUGCCGAGUACUGUGCCUACCCGGCCAAGCGAGUAUUCCACAUCCAGAAUCUCUCUGAUGUCGAUGCCACUCUGCUUGAGCCUGCCUCCUGCGCCGCCCACGGACUGGACAAGAUCGCUCCCAAGAUGGGCUCCAGUGUGCUCAUGUUUGGGGCGGGACCUACGGGGUUGGUCUUGGCGCAGAUGCUUCGUCAGAACGGUGGUUGCAAGGUGGUGAUUGCGGCGCCAGAGGGUCUGAAGAUGGAUCUUGCCAAAUCAUUGGAUGCUGCGGAUGAAUACGUGGCACUGUCUCGCAAGGACCCUGCUGCACAGUUUGAGAAGCUCAAGGCAGAGAACCCAUACGGAUUCGACAUUGUUGUUGAAGCCACGGGUAGUGUCAAGAUCCUCGAAGAUGCGAUCAACUAUGUCCGAAGAGGCGGCAAGCUCGUGGUGUACGGUGUGUAUGGCAGCAAGGAUCGUGUGACAUGGCCACCCAGCAAGAUCUUCGGCGAUGAAAUCACCAUCCUCGGAUCGUUCAGUGAGACAUACAAGUUCCCUGCUGCCAUUGACUACCUUGACAGUGGCAAGGUCAAAGUCAAGGGCAUUGUCAAUAAGACGUUCAAGUUGGAGCAGUGGGCGGAGUGUCUUGAGUCGUUGAAAAAUAAGAGUGCCAUCAAGGCCGCCAUCGUCUUCGAUUAG